UUAACCUUCAUCGGGCUUCCCUUGAUCUCGGCUCUGAAAACAAACUCAAAUUGAUUUCAGCUAUAUAAUAAAGUUGUGCUCAAUCUCCUGAGCUCCGAUUAACCUAUACUAUAUCGGAUUUGUCUUGUUAUCGAUUCUGAAAAGAAGCUCAACUUGAUUUCAGAUAAUAAAUUUUGAUUGAAGUUUCAAUUGAGAGGAGCAGGUAAAACGUCUGACUUACUUUUUGAUUUGAAAUUUAAUUUUUUCAAAUUCAUUUAGAUCAAAUAAUUAAGACAGAACUUCUCCUCAUUAAUGUAUUUAAAUAAUUUUAAAUAUAGAGCAAAGAUAGAUAAAAAGAAUGGUCAACAAUAGACCAUGCAGCUCCUCCCAGGGUUCGACAAAACUGAGUGUCCAGUUCUGACUGCGACUGUGAGUGCAAAAACGGUACUGAGGAACUACCAGACAGAGGAAAGUAUUCCCGUGACUGGACCAAAAUCAGAGCAUUAUCAGGACUGUCGGCACCAAGUAUGUACCAGCUCACUCAUGAACUACUCACCCUACCCAAAGAAAGACGCUUCCGAUGAAAACUGGCCCUUGCCGAAUUACAAUAAAAAGCAAUUUCUACAAGAAGCAAAACAAUAUUUGACAAUUUAUCACAAGGACAAGAAAACUAGUGACAACGAGUACCAAAUUCGACUGAAAGAGAUUGAAGAGGAAAUCAAGACAAAACAGUUGGCUACGUACACUACAGACGAACUGAGAUACGGAGCGCAGCUUGCAUGGCGCAAUGCAGCCAGGUGUAUUAACCGCCUCUAUUGGCAGACACUUGAAAUAAUAGACAAAAGAGAAGUGAAGACAAAUGACGCCAUGUUCGAAGUCAUUUGUCAACACUUACGAAGCUCUUUUAACGAGGGAAAGUUGAAAGCAACUGUUUUGUUUUUGCCUCAAAACGCGAGGUUGUGGUCCAGUCAAUAUUUGAGAUUCGCUUGUUAUGAGCAAACCGACGGCACGCUUCUAGGCGACCCAGCAAAUCGAGAGCUAACUCGAUUGGCGAUGAAAAUUGGUUGGAGCAAACCCGAAAGUGAACGAACCGAGUGGGAUGUGUUGCCUGUAAUUGUUCAUUGCAAUCCGGAAGAUCCCAGUUGGUACGAGUUGCCUGAAGACUGUCGGCCGAUUGUCAAACUUUGUCACCCCGACCCAAAAUACGACCGCGCGAUACGUCAACUGGGUUUGCGAUGGUUCGCCCAGCCGUUUGUAGCCGAUAAAGCUAUAGAAAUUGGUGGCGUGGUGUUCAAAUGUGUUCCUUUUAGCGGGUGGUCCAUGGAAACUGAAAUCGGUCGCAACUUAUGUGACGUUCAGCGUUAUAAUGUUAUCCCUAAGCUAGCGCAUAUUAUGGAUUUUGAUGUAACUUUAGCCGCUAGUAGUCAACUCAACAUUGACCGCAUUUAUGUUGAGGUCAAUGCCGCUGUUUUACAUUCUUUCCAGAAAGUUCAAAUAUCGAUUGUGGAUCACCAUACUGCGGCAGCCGGAUUUCAGAAGUUCUUAAAAGAAGACACUGCGGCUCGCGGAAACACUCCGGCGGACUGGGUGUGGAUUGUGCCUCCAAUUAGUAGCGGGAUGAGUCCCGCUUUCCAUCAAGAGAUGAUGAACUACUUGGUGAAACCGAGCAUACUUGAUCAGACCGAACCAUGGAUCCCGUAUUUCGAGAGACUUCGAAAAAAGCAAACAUUUAAAGUGAAACUAAGGAUGAAAAACAACUGGGAACUAGUUGGUAAUGUACUGAACCCGCUUUUUGGAAUGUUAUUAUCCCGAGUGAAGAAACGAAAUUGUGUUGCCGUUUUGUAUGCGUCCACAACGGGAACAGCGGAGUCGUAUGCCAAACAGACGGUUAGUCGACUUUUUAAGGAGGGCUACAGAGCAGAGUUGUAUGAGUUGGACAAAUUCUCGUUCAGCAACACAGACAAAACCCCAAAACUGUUGUUUAUAAUAACUUCUACAUUCGGCCGAGGGAAUGCGCCAGCUAAUGGGCUUCAAACCGAACAAUGGAUGGAAGAAAUUAACCAAAAUUUAAUUGAGCCAGAGGAUAAAGAUAUUGGUCAAGCGAACCGCGAGCUAAGGAAUUCAUGUAGUCACUUUGUAUAUGCUGUUUGCGCGAUAGGUUCUAAAGCAUAUGAAGACUUCUGCGAGUUCGGUGUUUGUCUCGACAAAACUCUGGAAAGUCUUGGAGCCACUAGGUUGCACACUGUUGCAACUUGUGACGCGCUGAGCGACCAGUACAAAACUUUCUGCAAGUGGGAAACGGGAGCUAUCUUGGCACUCAAACAAGCGUUACCAGUCAAACAAGCAUCGCCCCACAAAACCGAUACCCUCAAUGAUGAAGAAAAUAUAUCGAACGACUUGGAAUCAAGUUCGGAGAAUGCUGAAUUACCUGAUGCAGAAGGAGCUGAAGGUAUGAUUGAACUUCGCUUUUACGAUGACUUGUGUGUUAGUAGAGAAGACGUGGGACCAUACACAAAAACCAACCCACUGGAAGCGACGGUUCUCAUGAACAACGAGCUAGUGAAGAAAACCGAAAAUGGGAAUAAAGGGCGUUCGAGUUCUUCCAAAAACCAGCACUCGGUACGUCAAAUAGAGUUAGAAAUAAAAGACAUGCCUUAUUUGGCUGGAGAUCACGUCUAUAUUUUCCCAGAAAACCCAAACUCAGAUGUUGAAAAGGUAAUAAAAAGAUGCGGAAUGAAAUUGGACGACCUUGACUUAGAUCGACCUUGUUCUCUGAGUGUUAUUUCUAAUGGCACCUUUCAGUCUUUGCGUGAACUCAUUUCAAAAUACGUCGACUUGGUCACGCCUUCACUUCCGAAUGUUCUGGCAAGUUUGGUAAGAUACGUAUCAGAUGAAGGCGAAAGGAAGAAAAUAAUGCAGCUGAUUGAAAAUAAUGAGGUUUAUUCCGAGUGGUCAGUCAAUCGGUCGACUGUAAAUGAAGUUUUGGAGGAGUUCAAAUCUGUCGAGAUCAAGCUACAUGAGCUGAUUCAGAUUCUACCCCCUCUUCAGCCCCGCCCCUACUCAAUUUCAUCUUCACCAAGAACCAACGUGAACAAAUUGCAGAUCACAGUCAGUGUGGUAACAUAUGAAACACCCAAUGGAACCAGACGAUAUGGCAUGUGCUCCAAUUUCCUUCACCAAACAGUCGUCAAAGACAAAAGUGUAUCGUCAUUGAAACCAUACAAAACCAACAAAAAGAUUCUACCCUCUAUUGAAUCCCACCAACCUCGGAUGAGUGCGAACAAAUUUCAUGGCAUAGUCAGUACAGUUGGUUACAAACCAACUAAGAAAAGGAAUACUCCGGACUGGUUCCAUACUUCCGCCCCAAAGUAGAGUCUAAAAUUGAACAAUUGUUUGCCUCAAACACAGACGAAAAAACAAGUAAGGUGCGAAUUUUUGUGAUUGCAAAUCCCUCCUUGCGUCUUCCAGGACAGUUGCAGGAUCCUCAUAAGGUGAUUUUUCCAACGUCAUGGAAACAAUGGAUUCUCGACUUCUGAUGUUCGCCUUCGGCUCAGGAAUUGCUCCGUUCCGCGCAUUCUGGCACGAGAUUUUUGUCUCUUAGCAGAACGACUCGGAUACCCGAGAAAGACCGGAUUCUGUUCAUUGGCUGCAGAACUCCAAAUGAUCUCCCAUAUGCUGACGAGUUGAAGAAAUUGACUCAAUCAACCUCCAAAGUACAUCACCAAGUUCUAUCCGAAGUUAUUCCGGUUUAUUCACGAGUACCUGGACACCAGAAACGAUACGUCCAGGACGAAAUACCCCUUUUUGAACAGAAAAUUUAUUCAUUUCUAACCGACACGCACAGUUUCGUGUUUAUAUGUGGUUCGGUCCAAGCUUGUAUUGGGGUUGAACGAGGAUUGGCGUCGGUAAUAGAGUCUUGCCAGCCAGGAAAACCGACGAGAACCGCGGCUGAAGAAUGCAUCAAGAGAAUGAAACGGACCGGAAAGAUUCAGUUGGAGAUGUUCGGAUAGAUAUCAUAUUUGAAAGUGUACAAAUGUAAAAUGGAUUUCAAGGUUUUAUAUAAUAUGAAGAAAUUAGAAUGGAGUUCAGGGUCUCAUUUUUCAUGAAGAAUAUAAUAUGGA